CCUGUUUCAUGCAGCUUCUCCUCUCAGCUUUCCUUCCUAUGAGCCCAGGAAUGAUCAUUACCCCAAAGCUGUCAGCAGUAACCGAAGAAACACAAUCCCUGGGAGACCCAACUGAUCAGAUAUUACCCUAAACCUCCAGUGCUCAGCAUGUUUAAAAAUGAGUAUCAGGGAGGUGCGUUUGUGGAAAUCUUCAGUGCACAAGGGAAAGAUCCAACGGCCAAAUGGAAGCUUUCUGGCCGACAGUCCGCAAUCUGGAAGGACUUCGAUAAAGAAGUCAAGAGUUUUGUCUUUGUACUGGAGGGAAGUAGCCAGACCAACAAAAUGCAGCUGCCCAAAGAGAGCCGCCAUAACCUUGGCCUCAUCCAGCGCUUCCUGCUCCUCCAGCUGUACGUCCCACUAGGACAAGACUUCUCCGCCGAGUUGCUGAUAUCUGACUUGUCAAACAUUAAAAGAAGAUUAUAUCUAUCAACUGUCCACAAGGAACUAUCAUCGACUCCGCUGCACGCGAAAAUCCCACUGCUGGGGCUAAAGCGCAAAAUGUGGUGCAACCUGUGCGUCGAUCUGGUGUCUUUCACAAGUGGAAUAUUUAAAGGGGCGGUUUUCCAGUCACUGGACGGGAUCAUUAUUUCUGCCAACUGUAAGCUAAGGAAGAUCUACACCAUGAAGUUGAAGCCAAAAGAGACCAUAGAAGAAGAUAUAUAUGGAUCAUCCCUCCUGAAUGAUGAACCCACGGAUAUAAUUCCUCGGUGCUGCCAAAUUACUACAGAUGUACAACAGGUCACCCAAGUGUUAGACCUGACAAAACUACAGCGAGUGGAGGCACAAGAUGGAAAGCCCUUGGGGUUGGCCGAGGCAGAUCAAUUUAGUAGCAGAGGACAAAGAAGCUCCAAUCCCAGCAGAACUCCUGACAAGUCCCACAUUGCAUUUGGAUCCAAGGUGCAGGGCCCCCCUCCAGCUACAAGCAGGAGAAUGACUUCCAGGGCAUCAGCAGAGACUACAAGGGCUACGGGCAGGCACGAGAGACCCAAGCCGCCACGGCCCCCCGGGACAGAGCGUUCAACAGCCCAAACCGACGAAGAGAGAGACUCGAUCUCUUCAUUUACUCGUUUUUCAGAUCAAAGAAACAAGGAAAAUUUUCAAGAGACGAGAAAGAAGGAGAAAUGUACCCAUGAAUACAGACCAAAUCGACAGGAUCCCACUGCCCCUGAGCGAAUCAGGAGAAGCCAAUGGGGAGAAGAUACGGACAGGGGAAGAAGUGGGUUUCCUGUGGACAGUUCUACUUUGGGACACUGUGGGAAUGAAGAUAAGCUCCCAAUUCAGAUCCGCGUUCCGUCAGGUGAAUAUCUGAAUCCGGCAAAAAUAGGGAAUAAGUCACCGGAGCUUGGAGACUGCGCCGCGCUUCCAGAUGAGACUCCGCCCCCUGACAGUUUCCAAGAAGAAGCAUCUAAUUCCCCUGACAGUUGCCGGAAACAAAGCUCUGAUCUACCCGAGAGGCUUAACGAUUACAGGCAAGAUGGCAGCCUGAACGAAAGCGCCAUUUUCUCCUACUGGCCAAUGGUGCGGUCGUCCCGCCGCCCGCAGUCGCUGGAUCACAGCACAGCAUCGCUUUAUGGCGCAGGGCACAGCGGCCGAGGGGCUCAGUUAGAAGAUGAUUUCUAUGGAAGUGACGACAGCUUGCAGGAAAGCACAGGCUCCCAGUUGAGUUCCAGCCCCAACACAAGCCAAGCCAAUACGCGCUUACUGGAAUCUCCCCAGUCCGUGAGUGUCUGCAGGGACAGUAAAUCAGCCGGAGUCUGUAGGAACGAAGGAACAGGGGGGUUCCAGCAGAACCCCAUUCCCACUCGCAGUCUGUCUCCCACGGAAAGCAGAGCGGAAACCAACAGAGAGCAUCCAGUCAGUUCCAGAGUCCGACCAGAGCGAUCGGCGAGGAUGUCUCUGAGCAGGAAAUCUCUAAGGGAAAUCCCCAAGGGGGAUCAAAGGCUAACGAGCAAUGUACCUGACGACCAUUGGAGACAUUUCCAGCCCAGUGACAUGAGCGCCUCAGAGAUGCAGAUGCUGGCGAGUCUGAAGAGGGAACAGAAUGAGGAGCUGGAAGAGGACGGGACGCUGCACGGUUUGAGCCGCUCUCAGAUCGACCAAUGCACAGUCAGUAUGAGCACGAGCAGCGACGAUACAAUGAGCUGGAGCGCCUCCAUUAAACCACCUGUCAAUCAAGGCUGUCAUUAUCAGACGGAAAUGAACCCCCUCGCUCAGUCCAACCCCCGGGAUUGGAUUCAUGUGUUCAGCCCCCCCAUCGGCCCCACCAGCUAUAUUCCAGACAAGAGUAGGAGGGGCCAGUGCAAGCUUAACCAAUCGGGCGCGAGUUCCUGUACUGAAGGUGACGAUGGUUUGGGUGAAGAAGAGGAGGAUGAAGUUCUUACCCUGCUGUAUGAUCCCUGUCUGAACUGUUACUUUGACCCUGAGACUGGGAAAUACUAUGAACUGGCCUAGGGGGCAAUAGGGAGGGAACCGGAUGGGGGUACAGUAUGGGCUAUGGGGGUACAGUGUGGGCAAUGGGGGUACAGUAUGGGCAGUGGGGUACAGUAUGGGCAAUGGGGGAACUUGGGGGACAGAAUUCAUUCACAGAAUGUCCCCUCUUGGCCCCUGAUUAUGUACCAAGUGUUAAUGUGUUCCAGCAAUCCCUACCGACCAAUUAGCUUUGAGUACUCUUGUUACACUAAUGAAAGCAGAUGAAUGAUUGGUUGUUAUGGAUUACAGAAGCCUAAAACAUGUGGAGCUAUGUUAGCAAAUUCCCUUCAAUGCCAGAGGCUGCAGUGCAGUAAGAAUAAGGCCCCUGAGGGUUGUGUGUAAAUCUGGGGUGUUCAUUGGGCCCAGUCAGCCCUUAGUAAGUUCCGUCCCCGAUAUCCCCACCUACGGGUGAGCAAUAUCGGGCGAAUGAAGGCUAAUUCGGUCGUUUGGCCCUGGGGCCAAACAAUCUAAUUAUAGUGGUGCUAAUGGGCACAGUCAGUUCGGAGACCGCAUCAAUGAGACACCGCGGUUUCCCGAUCCGACAAAAUCUUUUAACCUGCCCGAUCGUAUCUGCCCAAUUUCAGGCCAGAUGUCGGUUGGGCAGGCCCCUUGUUGCUGCCCCUACACGGGCCGAUAAGCUGGCGAAUUGGUCUAAGGGCCCGUGUAUGGGGACCUUUAGGUGGGUAGGGCAGCUGCCUGGGCACAGGACUUACUGGGGCAGUGAUAAAGGAAUAAAGGGCAUUUGCCCCACUUUCUGCUCUUUCAUAGGUGGUUUGGCCACUGGGGCAAAUGCCCUUUCCCCCGGCCCUGGCUAGCUGGGCUAAUCUAAUUAAGACGUGGGCCGCUAAGGUUUUCAACCCUGGGUUAUUAUUAUUAUUAUUAUAUAAGGGGUCAUUUAAGACCUGGAAAGAAAGGUGCAAAGUACAAAUAAUUGGUGUAACCCAGCAGGGCUUUACUGUGCCCUCUGCCUCUCAGAUUGGAUGAACUGCUUUAGGUCUCUGUGCCCCAUGUUGGCGCAUAAAGCCCUGCAGUGGUGCCCGUCAGUAUAGCGCUGUGCCCCAUGUUGGCGCAUAAAGCCCUGCGGUGGUGCCCAUCAGUAUAGCGCUGUGCCCCAUGUUGGCGCAUAAAGCCCUGCGGUGGUGCCCGUCAGUAUAGCUCUGUGCCCCAUGUUGGCGCAUAAAGCCCUGCGGUGGUGCCCAUCAGUAUAGCUCUGUGCCCCAUGUUGGCGCAUAAAGCCCUGCGGUGGUGCCCAUCAGUAUAGCGCUGUGCCCCAUGUUGGCGCAUAAAGCCCUGCGGUGGUGCCCAUCAGUACAGCUCUGUGCCCCAUGUUGGCGCAUAAAGCCCUGCGGUGGUGCCCGUCAGUAUAGCUCUGUGCCCCAUGUUGGCGCAUAAAGCCCUGCGGUGGUGCCCAUCAGUAUAGCGCUGUGCCCCAUGUUGGCGCAUAACCGUCAGUAUAGCACUGUGCCCCAUGUUGGCGCAUAAAGCCCUGCGGUGGUGCCCGUCAGUAUAGCGCUGUGCCCCAUGUUGGCGCAUAAAGCCCUGCGGUGGUGUCCGUCAGUACAGCUCUGUGCCCCAUGUUGGCGCAUAAAGCCCUGCGGUGGUGCCCGUCAGUAUAGCUCUGUGCCCCAUGUUGGCGCAUAAAGCCCUGCGGUGGUGCCCGUCAGUAUAGCUCUGUGCCCCAUGUUGGCGCAUAAAGCCCUGCGGUGGUGCCCGUCAGUACAGCUCUGUGCCCCAUGUUGGCGCAUAAAGCCCUGCGGUGGUGCCCGUCAGUAUAGCUCUGUGCCCCAUGUUGGCGCAUAAAGCCCUGCGGUGGUGCCCAUCAGUAUAGCUCUGUGCCCCAUGUUGGCGCAUAAAGCCCUGCGGUGGUGCCCAUCAGUAUAGCGCUGUGCCCCAUGUUGGCGCAUAAAGCCCUGCGGUGGUGCCCAUCAGUACAGCCCUGUUGCAUUCAGUGGCGCAGUGCUGAUGGGUGCCAGCAGGGGGAGACAUGUAAGUGCCAUCCCUCCCAUAACUUGCAUUGGAAUUAUUAUUGGCCGGCAUGUCGGCCUGAGUUAUGUUAAUCUUUUCUUGUAAAGUUUUCAAUAAACAUAAAUAAAACCCCAA